AUGGAGAACUUGAAAAUGACAACUUCAAUGAGACACACUUUCACGCUUAAGUACAAGGAACCUAAGUUGGACAGUCUGAAGGGUUUGAUCUCUGAUUUGUCUCUCAGCAAACGUGAUGAGUUCGGAAAAAACUAUGGGAAAAUUUUGAGCCUUCUAAAUAAGAAAGUUGACUACGGAAUUAUCGUCUCUCUGGCACAAUAUUAUGAUCCACCUCUGCGUUGUUUCACAUUCGUUGAUUUCCAUCUAGCUCCUACUUUGGAAGAAGUUGAGAGAAUCGUGGGUCUCAAAUUGAAAGAUUUUAAUCCAUUUCCAAAGCUCGAAGAAGAUAUGGGCCCAAAGAAGAUAGCUUCAGCCCUAAGUAUCAAUGUCCCGACUGUUCAAGACAAUUGGGUUGAAAAAGGGGGUUGCGAAGGUUUUGCCGCGAGGUUUUUGGAAGAUUUAGCUCUAAAGUUCAAGAAAAGUGGAAAUUGGAAUGCAUUAUAUGCUGUGUUGGCUUUAUUGAUCCAUGGGAUUGUGCUCUUCCCAAAUGUUGAAAAAUUUGUGGAUCAAGUAGCCAUAGAAGUCUUUCUCUCUGGCAAUCCAGUACCAUUUCUCUUAGUUGACAUUUACUAUGCCUUUCACACUCGACACGAAAAGAGGGGUGGAACUUUGUUGUGUUGCGCUCCUUUGCUUUACACUUGGUUCAUGCAACACAUACCCGAAGAAGGUCCUUUUGUGGCAAAAGAACUUAAGUCUCCUCAAAAAUUAGCUUCUCUCACCGUAAGUUCCAUCAGAUGGUAUAUCCGAGAGUGGGAAACCCCGGACAUUAUAGUCAGCUGUGCGGAAUUUCCUAAUGUACCUUUGUUGGGUACCAAGGGUUGCAUCAACUAUAACCCUAUGUUAUCUCGAUUGCAACACGGUUACUCUAUAGAUGGUCCUCCUGACGCAAAGGACUUACAGCCAUUUGUGCUCUCUGACAUCCAAGCAAGCAAUCCUGAUGUAAGAGCAGUACGAAAGGCUUAG